CCGACACAGCGCAUUGGUCAACCUUAUAAGAUGAUAUGACCCGUGGAUGAAACGAUAUCGGAUUCGCAGACUCUUUGAACGAGACAACAUGCCAGCUCCAGAUGCAUCUCUGACCGUCCGACCAGCACUGGGACAUGUGAACUUGAUGGUGGACACGUUUAUCGCAAACGCCCAGGUCGACGACCUGCGUAGUAUCAUCAGAAAUCUCGUUGGAUCCGGAAUACCGAACAUUGGCUCCACCUUCUCCGAGGCCGCCCGUAACCGUUUGCAACGAUCUGGUGCUACCACUGACCCAGUUCAAGGGCCCCUCUUCAACCGAGACGCUCACGAUGGAAGUAUAUAUCCAUCGGAGUACCUCCAGGAGGCAUUGCGUCGUGCUCGUUGCCUCUUUGGUGCCGGUCUUGGCUUCACAAGCUUGGUAAUCCUAGCUGUGGUAGUCCGUGCGACCAUCGGACUUAGAUGGAACAAUGAGAGCGAAGUAGCCAAUAUACUUGUAAACGUCGAUGCGGAUAUUUGUCAAGCUAUCCAAAGUUCGAAGGAAGAGCUCGAAGGAGGACGUGUCGAUGACUAUGCCAUGGCUUGCGAAGCGGCGAGAGAGCUCCGGAAUGCUGUCAAGGAAAGUUUGUUGGAUGUUGAAUCCUGGGGUGGGGAAUACCCUUUCGAGCGUGCCUCAUCAAGUUUCGAGUACUGGAAAGUAUAGAUGGCUAUGAUAUGAUAUCAGUAAC